AUGGACGACGAUCUAAAGAGGUGCGUGGCGGAGUUCCUCGCAGCGUGCACCAAGUCUUACUCCUUGUCUAGAGCAAUUGCGCUGAGCUUACAAGACUCACAACCCUCACGACCACGUUCACCUCCCAUUGUGAUCGACGACGAUGAUGACGAACCAGACGAAGAGACCAAGUUUCAGGACGAACUUCAACGGGCAAUAGAGGCCUCCAAGGCUGACUCGGCCGCCCGAAAACCCGGCUCACUUGCUGCAUCCACGUCACAAACACCCGAACCGCCCGCAUCCGCAAUGAAGGACCUGAAGAUCGCUCCAACUGCUGCUCCAGUUGCCGGACCCUCUUCAUGGCUAUCGGAGCGCGCAAAACUCGAGAAGGAGCGCAUUGAGAGACAAAAGAAGCGACGGAGAGAUCAAGGGCAGGCGAGUGAAGACGAAGACGCCUCGAACGACGUCGACGUGGAGGAGCCGAUCGCUAAGCGUCAGCGCCCGACGCCACCGGCUCAGGCUGUCCCGACUGUCUCCACUACAUCCUCCGAAGAGUACUUCUGGGAGGGCGCAUAUCGCCCCAUUGCUACGAAACACUGCGUGCCGCGUAAGGACGGCAAGCCGACGUUCAGGCUUAGCGAGAUCAUCGGUAAUAAAUCCGAGAUAGAAUUUGCCAUUCUCUCCAGCUAUGCCCUCGACGCCGAGUGGACGUACUCUUUCUUCGAACGCGACACGCCUGUCAUCAUCAUGCCUCAAUCAAGAAUUGGGCUACCCAAUUGGAUACGCGCAUCUCCAUUCUUGCGGAAUGGGUAUGGAUGCAUGCAUAUGAAGCUUUUCUACAAGACCGGGCGCCUACGCGUCUAUAUACCCACAGCGAACCUCGUACAAUAUGACUAUAGAGACAUAGAGAACUUCGCCUGGCUGCAAGACAUUCCCCGCCGCCCCGCCCACAAGCCCGAGCCUAAACCAAACCCGGAGGACUUCCCCUCCAUCAUGCAGCGCGUGCUCGAAGCGCUGAACAUCAGGCCCGCUCAACUCGAGACUAACACCAUCCCCCAGCACCCCAAUCUUCCCCUCCAGUCCAUCUCGGACUUGCGCCGGCUUUGGGACUGGUCCCUCGUCAAGGUCCACCUAGUUGCGUCCCUGCACGGCAAAUACGAAGGUUGGCCUUCAGUCUUACAGGUGGGGCACCCCCGGUUGAUGAAGGCGGUGCGGAAUAUGGGGCUCGCGGUGGAUAAGGAGAGGGAGGUGGAGGUAGAGUGCCAGGGCUCCUCCAUCGGGCGCUGCACCUCGGUGUGGAUCAACGAGAUGUACGGGUCGAUGCGCGGGCAGUCGGCAAGGGAGUGGCUGGAUGCGACCAAGAAGCGGCGCGAGGCGACGCCGCUGCCGCUGGUGAAGAUCGUGUACCCGACGAAGGCGACGGUGCAUGCGACGGCGUGGGGGGUGAACGGCGGUGGUACGAUCUUCUGCCGUCGCGCGACAUGGGAGGCGAAGAACUUCCCUCGGCAGUUAUUUCACGACUCGAAGAGUACGGGUGGACCUGUGCUCAUGCAUACGAAGCUCAUCGAGGCCAAGACAUCCGCCAAACCCUCCACGACUUCUACUAACAACAACGACAUCAACUCCACCAUCGACGACAUCGAAGUCGUCCACCCGGCCCUCGGCUGGGUCUACGUCGGCUCGCACAACUUUACGCAAAGCGCCUGGGGCACGCUCUCCGGCAGCGGCUUCAACCCCGUGCUGAACGUCACGAACUACGAGCUGGGUGUGGUGUUCCCGAUCAAGGAUGAGGAGCAGCUGAAGAGCGUGCAGUUAUGGGAGAGGCCGCCGAGGAGGUAUGGGAGGGAGGAUGAGCCGUGGGUAAGUGGGUUUUCAGUGUGGCCACAUGCUGGGCGUGGUCGAUGGUGGUGUCGCGAUAAGUUUGGUCACUGA